UGCCGGGCUGUGGGUGAGUCUGAACCCGCAACCAGACUGAAGCUGGGGAAGCUAAAGGUGGUGCGGCGGCAGCUGCUGCAAAGGUAUGAACACCAGCCGUUUGUGUCCUGCCUGGCUGGACUCUAUGGCUGCCAGUGGAGGAGAUACCAAAGAGCGCGGGCGCAGCCCGGAGAGUGCUGCUGCAGCAAGGUGGAGUGCGGCAGCUUCGGGCUCCUGAUCCUCACCUUCUUCCUGAGUUUUGUUUUUCUUUAUUUCUGGAGCGAAGCUCAGAACGACUACAAUGACUUUGACUGGUUUAAUUUUGGGAAUCUCGGCUUCUGGUUCCCCUGGUCUCUGGUGCUGCUGGCCAUCGCUGCGGCUCUCUUCACGUACAUCGCCCUGCUACUGGUGUUGGCGGUGUGUCUGCUGUCUGAAGGUCAAAGGUUAUACCUCCACUGGAGCCACAAGACCGGCAUCAUGGUGGCGCUGGUGUUCUCCGUCACGGCCACUGGGAUCCUGUCUGACCUCUGGAGCAAAGAGUGGAAAACUCUCCAGCUGUCCCUGCAGGUGACGGCUCCUUUCCUCCAUGUGGCUGCCGUCUCGCUCAUGGCGAUUCUCUCCUGGCCGACGGCGUUGCACUUUUUUCGUAUGAACAAAAAAGUCCGUCAGGUCGUGGUUCUGGCUCUCUACCUGUCCGUGUUGUUCUCGCUCUACCUGGUUCCCCUCGGCAUGUACUCGCCCUGCAUCAAGGAGGCGGGAACUCUGGGACCAGCGCCCGCUCUCAUUGGUCACAGAGGAGCUCCAAUGCUCGCUCCAGAGAAUACCUUGAUGUCCUUUGAAAAGGCCGUUGAGUCAGGAGGGGAAGGCCUGGAGACGGACGUCACAAUAAGUUAUGACGGCGUUCCCUUCCUGAUGCACGACUCCACGCUGACGAGGACCACCAACGUCGCCGAGGUUUUCCCCAAUCGGACGCACCUGGACGCCGCCAUGUUCACCUGGGCCGAGAUACAGCAGCUGAACGCCGGCAGCUGGUUCCUGCUGAGGGAUCCGUUUGGAACCGCAUGGAGCCUUUCUGAGACGGAUCGCUCUCAGGCCCAGAACCAGUCCGUUCCCUCCUUGGCCCAGUUCCUGGAGGUGGCGGCUGCCAGCGGCAAACUGGUGCUGUUUGACCUGCGCAGGCCACCGUACGGACAUCCCUACAGACGUUCCUACAUCAACACAACUCUGCAGGUCGUCCAGGCCCACAUCAACUCCUCACAGGUGCUGUGGCUGCCGUCUGAGGACCGGGCUCUGGUCUCCGGUCUGGACCCGGCGCUGCAGCAGACCUCCGGGCUGAAGGCGUCCAUCCAGGAGCUGACGGACGACGGCAUCAGCCGGCUGAACCUGCACUACAGCACCAUGUCGCAGCAGCAGAUCUGUAAGUACCAGUCGGUGAACAUCAGCACCAACCUGUACGUCAUCAGCCAGCCGUGGCUCUACACGCUGGCCUGGUGCGCCGGAGCCCAGUCCGUCACCACCAACUCCGUCCACAUCCUGUCCAGCAUCAACAAGCCGCUCUUCCUCAUGACUCCAGAUGAAUACACCCUGAUGUGGGUCCUGACCGACUUCGUCUCCGCCUUCCUCAUCUUCGCCAUUUUCACGUUCCACUGGUGGAGAGAGCGCGGUUUGCCCUUCGUGUCCGGCAGCCGGCAGACCAACGAUAACGGACCGUACAGCAAGUUCAGAACCGAGCUGAGCGACGUUUGGUCCAUCUCCAGUGUAAACGUGCGACCCGACCUGCGGAGCUCUCCCAGUUCUCCCAGUAGCCCCCACCUGCCCACCAUUACAGAGGAGUGACUGGAGGCUGUACAAAUGUCACAUCUCCAAUCGUGAGCCGAACAGAAAAUUAUGGAUUUAAAAAAAUAAAAAUAAAGAGAGAAGAAGCAGAAAGAUGUUUCCUCCACUCACCUACUGGCUGCAUGACUGAUCCAAACCAGACUGGUUCCAUCUGACCCAGUAAGAGCCAACAUGGCGCCAUGGAGGAGGGAGUCGUCUUCAUCACUUCUGGUCAGGAAAAGACUGAAAACAUCCGGCUGUAGUGAGAUCUGUAGAUACGGAGAAUAUUAUUAAUAUGAACACGCUUCGUCUUUUACUGUCAGGAUGAUUUAAAACUUAUUACGACUUUAAUCAUGUAUGAAUGAUCCAGAGCUUCAGACGUCAUUUUGAGCUUUAGGUGAAAAUAAUCUCCAUAAAUGUAACAUCAGGAUCGGCCAGAAGUGAAUUUUAAACAAAUGUUUAUCGCUAAAUGUUUCCUGGAAUCAACAUUUCAUCUUCUCUACAUUCCUUUCCAUGGAUAUUUAGAAACCUGAUCAGUGAUCAGAUAGACUCCAAUAUUUGAACAGAAAAUUGAUUCACCGCAAAAACUAAAAAUGGCAAAAAUGGCACCGAGCAUCUUGGUCUAGUUUCUAGUUUAAAUAUAUUCAAACGCUUCA